AUGAAUCAUAUCAAAUCUACAACCGUCACCACCACCGAUAUCAGUUGCCACUGCCUGAACAUCAUUAGACACCACCGCACCACCAUCUCACGAUGCCCUCGAGUAACCUUAGGUUUCACCACAACGACCAUCGCACAGCACCACUCACCACCACCCUCACUUCUUUCCAGGAUUUUGUUUGUUUUUAUAAUUGAUUAUGAAUUCCUUUGGGGAGAUUUCAAAGGAAAAAACCAAGAAAGAUUCCUAAAUCUGAUUACAGUGGCAUUUCCGGUUGCAAAUAUCAAGGAAAACAAUAAGAGGAAUCUGAAUAGGGUGUGUUUUAACAAUAUGACUGUUAUUGCUCCUAUUAUUCAUUUUAGAUAUGGAAGAAAAAUCAUUUGUAUUCAGUUUCAGGUUGACAUAACUUGCUUGAAGGGAAAAAAGAUGUUCCUGAGAAUUGUUCUGUUGAUUGGUUUCUGAUGAUUCUUCUAAAUGUUGAUCUGGAUAUGAAUAAAGAUGAUGAUCAGUUCAAACUUUGAACUGUAUUCUAUGUUUUUGAAUGAUAUGGAAAGUGUUGAUACUUACAUGGGUGAAACAAAGAACCCAAAAGCAAAUAUGUUCCCUGCAAAAAAGUUUAAACAAAAUGGUUUGUAAAAUAUAUUUAAAAUUAAACAAUUGGUUAUAUGAUAAACAAAUGAAAAGGCAAGAUGUGUUGCAUUUUAAUUUUUAAUAGAUAUGUAAGGAUAUGCUUUAACAUCUAUGACUAUCAACUUUUUAUAUGC